GUGAGCACGUCCAAGUGGCCACGCACGCGCGUCGGAUCACAACACACACUUCACAUGAAGUCAGGUUGCCCGUCGCUCGGAUUCUACAGCCCAAUUUAUCGGCUUCAGCGACAGAUUUAGCGUUGCUGCGUGAGGGGCCGAAGCUCGCGGGAUAAAGAGCGGCGCGGGGCUGUGAAACGAUGGUCGCGGUGAAAGCUGACCAUUUGGAGUUAGCUUUGGUUAGCAAAUGGCUGCUCGGCUGGGAUGUUUGCCUCCGUGGGAAAUGAUAAGACAAUGAAAGGUGUAGCGAAGCGGCGAGAAAGCUGAGGCUUUCCCCAGACCAGCAUGUGACAAACGGCCUCCGGUGUGACCAGAGACUUGGUUGCAGCCACCAUGCCUCGCCUGGAUGAAGUGGCCAACAUCGCCCUCAGGGUGCCCAGCAUUCUGCUCCUGGACCUGCUCUACAAAUGUGACGUCGAGGGUCUGACUGAGAACCUCAAGGCUAAGAACGAGGACAUGCUCUUCAAGUACAAAUAUGUCAUCUGGAACAUGUUCUAUAUCGCUCACCUGAUAAACCUGGUGGUGUUAAUCCUGCCGCUGAGACACAUUGUUACGCUCUACCUUCAUGUCCUCGUUGCCCUGCUGCUGUACAUGGGGCAUCAGAUUUCAAAGGAUUAUGUUCGUGAGGAAGCGCAGCUUGGAUAUGAAGGAGCGAUCUAUCUCAACUCUUUGGCCUUCAAUAGAUUUUUCUCUGCCAUGACCAGUGAAAUCAUCCUCAGCACGCUCUGUGCCUUCCUGAUGAAAACCAGAAAGGUGUGGCUGUUCUCUACUCACAUGCUCCCCCUGCUGGCCCGACUCUGCGCCGUUCCCAACGCCACCCUGCUGACGGUCAACACCCUGUCCAUGGGCCUGACCGUGGCCGGGAUCGCCCUGUUCCUCCUCGCCAACCUGUUUGUGCCGUAUCGCCUCGCAAGGGCUGCCUACUCAGAGCUCCUUCAGCUCGAGGUGAUUGAGCUCUACAGACUCCUGGCUUUAGGGAUCUCUCUGUGGAACCAGUUUGCCGUCCCGGCGCUCUUCAGCGUCUUCUGGUUCGUCCUGUUCGCCGUCCAGCUGUGCUCGGACAUCAUGGCAGCCAGCGCCUCCGCCACGUAUCAGGGAAUCCUGUUCUUCUUGCUCACCAGCGUGUCAGAAUGCUGCGCCACGCCGUACUCUCUCCUGGGCCUCACCUUCGUGGUGUCCUACCUGGCUCUCGGACUUCUCAACCUGUGCAAGUUUUACCUGGGAGGGUACGCAGCCGUUCAGAACGAGAACGUCAUGCACAGGGGUGUAACAGAGGGGGUCACUCUGCUCCUGCUCGCCCUUCAGACCGGCCUGUUAGACAUGCAGGCCCUGCAGCGCACCUUCCUCCUCAGCAUCAUCCUCUUCAUCGUGUUGACGUCAACCUUGCAGUCGAUGAUUGAAAUCACAGACCCAAUCAUUCUGGCCCUGGGCGCGUCUCGCAACAGGAGUUUGUGGAAACACUUUCGGGGCCUCAGCAUGUGUCUGCUUCUGCUGGUCUUCCCUGUGUUUAUGGCCUUUAAAAUCUCCCAGUUCUUCCACAUGGACUUCUGGCUUCUUAUACUGGUGUCCAGCUGCAUGCUAACCUCCCUUCAGGUCACAGGCACCAUGCUCGUCUACUUCCUCUUCAUGGUGGAGCUGUUUCGCAGCGACCCGAUCGAGAGCCUGGACGAAGUGAUCUACUGGGUGAACGCCAUCAGCAGGGUGCUUGAGUUCCUGGUGGCGCUCUGCGUGGUGGCCUACGGCACCUGGGAGUCCCUUUUCGGCGAGUGGAGCUGGAUGGGCGCGUCCGUCAUCAUCAUCCACUCGUACUUCAACGUCUGGCUGCGAGCCCAGUCCGGCUGGAAGAGCUUCCUGCUCAGACGGGAAGCGGCCAAGAAGAUCAACUCUCUGCCCAGAGCCACGGCGGAGCAGCUGGACCGACACAACGACGUCUGCUCCAUCUGCUUCCAGGAAAUGGGCUCUGCUGUUAUCACGUACUGCGGCCAUUUCUUCCACGGCAGCUGCCUCCGCAAGUGGCUGUACGUGCAGGAAACGUGCCCCAUGUGCCACCAGACGGUCCGGCCGGCACCGCCGGGGCAGCGCCCGUCCCCGGGCGACGGUCCCGCAGCGCCGCCUCAGGGGGACGCAGGGCCCGGUCCGCUCGCACAGGAGGGACGGCGGGACCCGGAGAACGGAGCCGCAGACGAAGCGCAGAGCAUCGAGGGGGGUCCUGAUCUGGUCCAGCAGGAGGAGGAGGGGGAGGAGGAGCAGGAGGAGGGGAGCGAGGGUAAAGCCCAGCAAACCCAUCCCGACAGCGACGCCGUCCAGGAUCGUAGUUCCAGAUCCAGUGAAGAUUUGGAUGUUAGGUUUGUCCUAGCAGCCUCUUCUGGGGGGGCCUCUAGCUCCCAGAACCAUCUGAGCAGAACUUCUAACCGCCACAGCCCGUUUGAGGUGAAUGGCACAGACUCGUCCUCGUGGACAAAUCUCAGAGCUGCGAGUGACGAGCAGUCCGCCUCCGAGGUAACAGGACGCCAGAGCUUCGCUUUGCAUCCUAAUCAUGAUAGGACAUCCAAAUCAGGACACAGCCCUCGUUCAGUUGAAGGGAACGGCAGUGGUGAAAAUCAAAAGCUUGUCUCAGGUGGUGCGAGUAUUGUUGGCAGCCAAACAUCACUUAAGUCAUGUAAUCAAAACUCUGGCUCUGAUGACUCUGUGAACGGUCAUCAUGGUCUCUGCACAUCUUCAGACUGGGGCAGUCUCAGCCAGGGGGAACCUGGCCAGAUCCUCCAGGCGUCGUCCUCAGGUUCCCCGACGACGGUGACGGACUGCUCUCCAUCGGUGCCUUGAUGGACUUAAACUCCAAAGGACUUGUAUUAAUGGGGUAUAAUCAACACUUCUGCCUUCUGUAUGUGAACUGAAAUCUAUUAAAAAAACUGAAAUAUCCUUCAUUGGGCAUUGUAUUGAAUGUUCCUCACACUAGGAAAAAAAAUAUUUCUGAGUGUUGGGCCUAAUUGUGUAGACUUGCUGUACAAUUAUAAAGCAAAAAAAAAAAAUCCAUCAAGCAUAAAAAAAACCCUCCUGAGUGAAUAUUUUGUCUUUACCAUCCAUUCUGCUUUUAUCCCCUACAGUUUCCCCGUGUCAUGUGAACUAUUGUUCUGUAGCAUAACGAGGAGCAGUUUUUACGACGAGGCAGAUUUAUUGCCAUCGUAGCUAUUAUUUAAGAGAACCGACUUGAACGUUUUGUUUCUGUUGUGCAUUCGGGCUUUGGUCACAUGAUAAACCUUUGAGCCUUCCUUACCAUUGGCGGGAAAUGUUGGUACUGAACUGCAAACGGAGGAGUUAGUUCAGAAACAGAUUUUUACCAACAUUUGGGAAAAAAAUGAAAUAUUUUGCCCUGGUAAAAUUCAAUGAAUUAAAAUCUGAUUGAAAAUGUUUUUCAGUAAUAAACUCAAAGUAAAAUCA